AUGGCCCUCUUUGGCAAGAAAAAGGAGGACGAAAAUGUCACCACUCUCCAAGUCAGCGAUGCUAUUUCCGACGACGAUUUCGGAAAUGAUCUCAAGAACCAGGACUUCGAUCCCUAUGUCCAGAGCGACGAAAACGAUCCUGAAAACGGUAAAAAGAAAGGCAGACACACAUUCUACGGUGGAAAAGAUCACGUCUUUAGAGACCCUGAAGUCGUCGCACACUACAAACAAAUUUACGAAAAAGCUACUUAUGAAGGUCGCAACCACUUUGAUCCCGACUUCACUUGGACCCCUGAGCAGGAGCGCAAACUUCUUUGGAAAAUUGAACUCAGAGCCUGCUUUUGGGCCUGUGUAAUGUUUUUUGGUCUUCAGUUGGAUCGUGGUAACAUUGGUCAAGCUCUUUCUGAUGGUAUGCUUAAGGAUCUUAAGCUUACAACAAACCAUUAUAACACUGGUAUGACUAUCUUCUACGUUACUUUCCUUGCUGCUGAACUUCCGUCUCAGCUGAUUUCUAAAAAGAUUGGUCCUGAUCGCUGGAUUCCUACUCAAAUCACUAUCUGGUCAAUUGUCUCUAUCUGUCAAUGUAAAAUCUCUGGUAAAAGUUCUUUCUAUGCUACUCGUGCUCUUCUUGGUCUUCUUCAAGGUGGUUUUAUUGCUGAUACUGUCUCUUGGUUGUCCUACUUCUACACUGGUUCAGAGCUUCCCGUUAGAUUGAGUUUCUUCUGGACUACUUUAACCCUUACCCAAAUUGGUUCUUCCCUUUUGGCAUUUGCUAUCCUUCGUAUGAGAGGCAUUGGCGGCUGGGCCGGCUGGAGAUGGAUGUUCCUUUUAGAAGGUCUCGUCACUCUCAUUAUUGGUCUCCUUUCUUAUAUUCAACUUCCUCCUUCCCCUGUUCAGACUAAAGCUUGGUUCAGACCCAAAGGCUGGUUCACUGAGUUUGAAGAAAAGCUUAUUGUCAAUCGUGUUCUCCGUGAUGAUCCCUCCAAGGGCGAUAUGCAUAACCGCCAGGCUGUCACUCCUAAGCAACUUUUGAGAUCUAUCUUGGAUUACGAUCUUUGGCCUCUUUAUCUUAUUGGCUUGGUCGCUUAUAUCUCUACUGGUACCGUCAGCGCAUAUUUGACACUUACCCUCAAACAACUUGGUUUCAGUACCUUCAACACUAACUUGUUAACCAUUCCUCCUAAUGUUGCCCACAUUGUUCUUCUUCUUCUUCAAACUUGGGCUACUGAGUACUUUAACGAAAGAUCGCUUAUUGCAACUCUUCAACCCCUUUGGAUUAUUCCUUGUGCCGGUGUCUUAGCUUUUUGGAAAGAUUCUUUGAAGAACGUUUGGGGUACUUAUGCGGUAUUGGUUGUUUACCUCUGUGGUCCUUACAUUCACGCUAUUUUAGUCGGUUGGUGCUCUAGAAACUCAAAUACUGUUAGAACCAGAACUGUUUCUGCUGCUAUUUACAAUAUGUUUGUGCAAGCAGGUAGUAUUAUCUCGUCCAACAUUUAUAGAAAGAGUGAUGCUCCUUACUACCGCAAGGGUAACAGAGUUCUAUUUGCAUUGGCAAUUGUUUCUUUAGUAAUCUUGCUUUGUACUAAGGUUUAUUAUGUCUGGAGAAACUCUUCUCGUGAUAAAAUUUGGAAUGCCAUGACGCGUGAAGAGCAACUUGAGUACCGCCGUACCACCAAGGACCAGGGUAACAAGAGAUUGGACUUUAGAUUUGCCCAUUAA